CGCUCGCAGUCCUGGUCUCGGGGCUCGGGCAGCACCGUCUCCUCCUCCUACAAGCGUCCCAACCUGGGGGGAGCUCGGGCAGCUUACGGUUCCACCGUGCUGAGCUCAGCCGAGAGCCUGGACGUGAGCCAGUCCUCUCUACUGAACGGAGCGACGGAGCUCAAACUCAGCCGCUCCAACGAAAAAGAGCAACUGCAAGGGCUGAACGAUCGUUUCGCCGGUUACAUCGAGAAAGUACAUUACCUGGAGCAGCAAAAUAAGGAGAUCGAGGCGGAGCUGGCGGCGCUGCGGCAGAAACACGCCGGGAGAGCUCAGCUUAGCGACGCCUACGAGCAGGAGCUGCGGGAGCUGCGAGGGGCUCUGGAACAGGUGAGCCACGAAAAGGCUCAAAUUCAACUGGAUUCCGAACAUAUCGAGGAGGAUAUCCAGCGCCUCCGGGAACGCUUCGAGGAUGAGGCUCGGCUGCGGGACGAGACGGAGGCAACGAUCCGAGCGCUGCGCAAGGAGAUGGAGGAGGCGUCGCUGAUGCGGGCGGAGCUGGAUAAGAAGGUGCAGUCGCUGCAGGAUGAAGUGGCUUUCCUAAGGGGUAACCACGAGGAGGAGGUGGCAGAGCUGCUGGCUCAGCUCCAGGCGUCCCAUGCCACCGUAGAGAGGAAGGACUACCUGAAGACAGACCUGACGACUGCUCUGAAGGAGAUCCGUGCCCAGCUGGAGUGCCAAUCCGACCACAACAUGCACCAGGCGGAGGAAUGGUUCAAGUGUCGCUAUGCCAAGCUGACCGAGGCUGCCGAGCAGAAUAAGGAGGCGAUUCGCUCCGCCAAGGAGGAGAUCGCCGAGUAUCGCCGGCAGCUCCAGUCCAAGAGCAUCGAGCUCGAACUCGAGUCUGUGCGCGGCACCAAGGAGUCUCUGGAGCGGCAGCUCAGCGACAUCGAGGAGCGUCACAACAAUGACCUCAGCACGUAUCAGGACACGAUUCACCAGCUGGAAAACGAGCUUAGAGGAACAAAGUGGGAAAUGGCACGUCACUUGAGGGAAUACCAGGACCUCCUCAAUGUCAAGAUGGCCCUGGAUAUUGAAAUUGCUGCAUACAGGAAGCUACUGGAGGGUGAAGAGACAAGAUUCAGUGCCUUCUCUGGAAGCAUUACUGGUCCCAUAUUCACACACAGACAACCAUCUGUCACAAUAGCAUCCACCAAAAUUCAGAAAACCAAAAUUGAACCCCCAAAGCUGAAGGUCCAACACAAGUUUGUAGAAGAAAUCAUUGAAGAGACAAAGGUAGAGGAUGAAAAAUCUGAAAUGGAAGAUGCUCUGGCAGCGAUCGCAGAAGAAAUGGCAGCCAAGGCACAGGAAGAAGAACAGGAGGAAGAAAAGGCAGAAGAAGAAGAAGGUGCUGAGGAAGAAGCUGUUUCUGAGAAAGCUGCUGCAGAAGAAGAAGCUGAGGAAGAAGAGAAAGAGGAAGAGGAAGGAGAGGAGGAAGAAGAAGCUGCAAAAUCUGACGCAGCGGAAGAAGGUGGCUCCGAAAAAGAAGAAAUCGAGGAAAAGGAAGAAGGAGAAGAGGGUGAGGAAGAGGGUGAAGAAGCUGAGGCCAAGGGCAAAGCUGAAGAGGUAACAACCAAAGCAGAGAAGGUCAAAUCACCUCCCUCAAAGUCUCCUCCAAAAUCUCCCCCAAAAUCCCCUGUAACAGAACCAGCCAAGCCUGCCCAGAAAGAAAAAGCUGCAGAUGCAGGAAAAGAGCAAAAAGUGGAAAAAGUGGAGAAAGCAAUGAAGGAGGAGGAGAAAGCAGCAUCUCCAGAGAAACCUGCAACACCAAAGGUAACUUCUCCAGACAAGGCAGCGACACCAGAGAAAGCUCCAACGCCGGAGAAGGCAACGAGCCCCGAGAAGUUGGCGCCGCCGGAGAAGUUGGCGCCGCCGGAAAAAUCACGUUCCCCGGAGAAACCUUCCAGCCCAGAGAAGCCAAAGACCCCAGAGAAAGCAGUGACUCCAGAAAAACCUCGUUCCCCAGAAAAACCAACCUCCCCUGCCAAGGAUGCCAAGGCUGUGCUGGAGGAAACCAUCACGGUCACGAAGGUAACGAAGCUUAGCGCCGAGGCAGAGUCCAGGAAAGAAGACAUCGCGGUGAACGGAGAGGUGGAGGAGAAGAAGGAGGAGGAAUCUAAAGAGAAGGAAGAGGAAGAUAAAGGAGUUGUCACCAAUGGCCUUGACGUGAGUCCCAUCGAUGAGAAGGGUGAGAAAAUCGUCGUCACCAAAAAAGCUGAGAAAAUCACUGGGGAAGGUGGGGACAGUGGCACCACCUACAUCACCAAAUCGGUGACGGUCACUCAGAAGGUAGAGGAGCAUGAAGAAAGCUUUGAGGAGAAAUUAGUAUCUAGCAAGAAAGUGGAAAAAGUCACUUCCCAUGCUGUAGUAAAGGAGGUUAAAGAGAGCGAGUAGAACCAACCGUAGGCCUAACUUCCCAAAACUCAAGAGCUUGGCUCGGUGCAAAAGGUUAAGCCAUAUGACAGCUGCAAAAAUGCAUGUGGGGGUGGCUUCAAAGCAGAAUGGGUUCUCUCAUGGAGGCUCCAGACACACAGUAUCUUCAUUUUUUUGUGCAAUAUAGGGAAAGGGGGGGAAAAAAAAAUAAAUGCAUGCAGGCUCGAGAUGUAUUCCCUCCACACAGCUUGGGGAUCUCCAAACCUACUACUACUACUAGUGCAUGAGAUGAAAUGUGCAAAAGGAAGCUUUUUUUCUUGAAUUUCCUCAGCUUGUUGGAGGGAUAUAUCUAAGGGAAGACUUUCAGAUGUAUUAUGCAAAGAAAACCAACUGAGCCAAAAAAAAAACAAAAAACAAACUGAACAGAAAACAGUCAUAGAAUAUUCAUGAGAACCAGAACUCUCCUAGCCUUAAAAAUAAAUAAAUAAAAACAUAAAAAAAGCUACUUAUAACUAAUUAUGUUUACCUCACUGGUGCAAUUAGGGUGGACUUUUUUGCUCAUGGGAGAACCUAGUUGACAUGCACAGUCCGCAACCUUUUGUUGUUUGAUGUAAAAGUCACAGCAGUUCUUGCUCAAUAAAGGUCAAUACUGAAAACA